CUGAAGCCCGACACCACGCUGAGCAGAAAGGUGUUCUGCGCAAUGUUCAGAGCUUACCAGACGACCGAAUCAAAGGCGUGACCAUGGCCUGAUCGUUCGAGGCACUCUUGGAAUGCCGAAGCUGACUAGAUCGCAUCGACUGAUGGCUUAUUAGCAGUAACUGCAUCUACUCUUCCUAUCUGCCAUGGUCUUUCAUCGCAUGCUCACUGUUCUCUUCUUUUCCUGUCUCGCCCUUACCAUAGCAUAUCUGUACAAACAAAACUACCCACCAAUGUCCGCCCCAAUCGCAGACCCCGGCAUGGCUUCAAGACACGCCAUAGUAGUGGGCUCGGGGCUAGCAGGACUCAGCGCAGCCUCGCAACUAAUCAGCCGCAAUAUUCCCGUCCGCCUUCUGGAACGCGGAGCAAAGCCCGGCGGCAACAGCAUCAAAGCCUCGUCUGGUAUCAACGGCGCACCGACCACGUAUCAGCCUGUCGCAGAGCCUCUUGACGCCUUCUACAAUGACACCACUCGGUCGGCAGGACAUGCCAUGUCUAGCUUCACGGCGCAACGUGAGAAGCUGAUUGAGACCUUGACCAAGAAUUCGGCCGCAGGCGUCGAGUGGUUGGUGCAAGAGAAGGGCGUAGACCUGAGUCGAGUUGCACAGCUUGGCGGGCACUCCUAUGCCAGGACGCAUAGGGGCGCCGGGCAAGCACCACCAGGCUUUGCUAUCGUGAGUGCACUUUUGAAGCAAUUGAAGGAGAGCCCUCUUUUCGACUUGCGAACUUCUUGUACCGUGACCAAAGUCCUGCAAGAUGGAGCGCACGUCACGGGCGUCGCAUAUGCGCGCGAGGAUGGAAAACAGGAAGAGCUUCACGGCCCGGUCAUAUUCGCAUCGGGAGGCUUCGGCGGCGAUGCAGAAGGCCUCCUGGCAAAAUACCGUCCAGAUCUCGCCGGGUAUCCCUCGACCAACGAUCCCCGACCUGGAACGCAGCCGCUGUUGACUGCGAUAGGUGCUCAACUGAUCGACAUGGAUCAAGUACAAGUGCAUCCCACAGGCUUCGUCGAUCCAGCGAAUGCGGCAACACCGCUGAAGUUCCUGGGCGCAGAAGUACUAAGAGGAGAGGGUGGCAUCCUCUUGCUCAACGGAAAGCGCUUCGUGGAUGAGCUCGACACACGAGAAAAAGUCUCCAAUGCAAUCACCACCACGACCCCGAGCUCAGAAUCGCCAAAGCAAUGGACUGUUCAAGUUGUCCUCGACGAAGGCACAUAUCAGGCAGCCAAGUCGCAUAUCGACUUCUACCUCUUCAAGGGCCUUAUGAAGAAGAGCACGAUAGCUGAGCUCGGCCCGCAAGCAUUGGAGUCCAUAACCCAGUACGCCAAGGUUGUAGCUGGAGAAGCAACCGAUGAAUUCCACAGGACGACGUUCGCAAACUGGACAUUGAAGAACCCCACGCCCGAAUCAGUUGUGUAUGUAGGCGUAGUAACGCCAGUAGUGCACUUCACAAUGGGCGGUGUACUGAUCAACGUGAAGAGCGAGGUGCUAGGAGAAGACGAAAAGCCUAUCAAAGGGCUGUGGGGCGCUGGCGAAGUCACAGGAGGCGUUCAUGGUGGGAAUCGGCUCGGUGGGUCGUCGCUCCUGGAGUGUGUAGUGUUUGGAAGGAUCGCAGGCGAUCAGUGUGCGGAUUAUCUUGCAGGCGGGAAGUGAGGUUUUCGAGUAUGACUGUCUGGUCCGCAUCUAAAUAUGAGGAAGUGUUUCGUAUCUAUGUUAUGACCUUCACCUCCUGCUUGCGAGCACUCGUGCAUUUGGCUGUUAACAUGGAGUAAAAUUAGAAUCCCAAGUCAUCGCAAGAUAGUUAUACGUAGCUGAUGACAAGGUUUAAACUGAUGACAUGCAGAAACACCGUGAUUAAUCACCUUUGUGCAGCGUGAACGCCGCUUCAUUAGCAAAUGCGUCUUUCUUAAUUACUUGAUCC